CUUUUCUUUUUGUAGUUUUGGGUUUAAGGAAAGUUCGAAUUGUUAUCCGAAGUUUUGGUUUGGAAACGUCUCCCUAACACACGCAGCAAACACCUUCGUUGUUUACGGAGACAGUCACUUUUUGUAUAUAUGGAUUUGAAUCAAUCGAUACGGCUCCUGAGUUCUUGGAUUGGUCAAAUUGGUGAUCUUGGUCUUAAUUUGCUAUGGCGUUUCAUACACAUUGUUGUGAGCUUGUGGUACAUUGUAUCUGGCAUAUUUGAGGCAAUCGAAAGCUAUGCCAUAUCGUUAGGUUUGAAUAAAAAGUACAGUUCCAUCGAUCUUGAGAAACUCCGGUGUCUAGCUGUUGUAGUGGACAUCGAAGCAGUUCAAGAUGUUGCCAAGGUUGUUGAGCUUUUGCAAUGGCUAACAACCAUUGGGGUGAAACAAGUUGGUCUUUUUGACUCGCAAGGUUUACUGAAGAAAUCCAAGGAUUUGAUCCUUGAAACCGUUCCAGGUUCGAUGUUGUUAGAGGAGAUUGGAAAGGAUUUUUCGCCUGACGGAAAGCGCAUUGCAUUAGAAUUUAUUUCAUCUUCCGACAAUAAAGAAGCUGUUAUGAAAGCAGCCAACAUACUUCUUCAGAGAUACUUGAAAUCCAGCCAUCCUGAGAACGAUAAAGGGGAAAACUUUUUUACAGAGUCUCAUUUGAAUGAAGCAUUAGGAGUUGUUGGUGAGAAUGUACACGUGCCCGAUCUGUUACUGGUUUAUGGACCUAUAAGGAGCCACCUCGGUUUCCCUGCUUGGAGACUUCGAUACACUGAGAUAGUACAUAUGGGAACUUUGAACUAUAUGAGAUAUGGUUCCCUGUUGAAGGCAAUUCACAAGUUCACAGGUGUACACCAAAACUAUGGAACUUAACGGUGACUAGAGAGCAGAGUUUCAGAGAUCGAUUUUUUGGUUUGUGAUUUCACAUAUUUGUAAUGAAUUCUAAAGGAGACU